AUGUCGACAUCUGAUCAUCCAGAGUCAGAUGGUCAGACGGAACGUGCCAAUCGUGUCCUUGAAGAGAUACUUCGAGGAUACGUACACUCCUUUAAGAGUUGGAGUGAGUUUUUGCCAAUGGUAGAGUUUGCCAUCAACAACUCGGUGCAUGCGUCCACGACACAUACACCGUUUUACGUGAAUGGCUUGCGCCAUCCGCGUGUACCCACCUUACUAGAGUGUAACUCUGGUUUAAGGGGGGGAGGGACUCGCGCGAGCAAAAACCGAAUUGGCUCACGCUCAUCACGCUCUGACGAAGAAGUCAUUGCGUUUGAUGCCGAUAUCGAUAACAUCGAUAUCGAAGAAGAUGAUGCCAGUGAGAGUGCGGAAGCCCUAACUGAAGAAGAUGAUCCCAGUGAGAGUGCGGAAGCCCUCACUGAAGAAAAGGUUGAUGUUGCUGCAGUGCGCUCACAGCACACUGAAGCUAACGAGUCAUCAGAUGAGUUCAUACUGGCUCGUGAAACGGUAGUCCGUUUUGUGCAAGACUCCAUCGCCGAAGCGGUGGAUAAGCAAAAGCAAAACGCUGACAAGAAUGGAAGGGCAAACACUCUUUUAUUUAAUAAAGGUGACUUAGUCCUACUGUCUACGGUUAAUCUACCAAAGCACGUAGUGACUAACUUGGGUAGCAGUAAACUACUACCCAAGUACAUCGGCCCUUUUCGUGUAUUGCACCGCCUAGGCAAUGCAUACACGAUCGAAUUACCACGUAAGAUGCGAACGCAUCCCACGUUUUACGUUGGUCGGCUUAAGCCGUACCAUCAGUACGCUGCUUCUUCCGAUGAAGAACGCCCUUGCGCUCAAGCAUCUCGCAGAGAGCCUUGUGCUCCCGAUGGUGGGCAUCAACAAGGGUCUGAAGAGCAACUAUCUCAUCCCGAGACCGAUCAGCAAUCCCACGAGCUACCCUUAGCUCGUCACGAAGAGAUGUCAGAGAUCUCUAGUUCUCAAGCUGAGCAAAUGCAAACUCAGCUCGAUGCUUCGAGGCAGUGUCCGCCAUUUGGAGACGCCUAUUCCGCUCAUGCUCGAGAUCGUCGCGUAACCCUUGCGUUACGCGAUCAAAGAAGCUCUCGGGAACACACCGAUCCACUUGAUCGUGUGGAGAGCGUCUUUCCUCCUCCUCCACCUCCAUUAGAGGACUCUCGCGGUGGCCAGCGCUAUCUAGUUGAGCAGCUGUUGAACCACCGCGACGUGAACGGACGUCGGACGAGUUAUCUCGUCCGAUGGCGCGGCUAUCCCUCGUCCUGGGAUUCUUGGGAGCCCCGCUCCCAACUGAUGAUCGACGUACUGGGUCUGGUUGAGCAGUACGACGCGGCACAUCCUGUGCCGCAGAAGGACCGCCGGAGAAAGUCUUCCCGGCACGGUCGUAAAGGGAUUUCAAGUUGUCAAUCCCUUCGUACAUCUCAAUAG